AUGCCACCGGCGCAUCUCAUCAUAGUCUGCUGCCAUGGGAUCUGGCUGGGCGGCCCGCAGAACGGCUUGGACGAGAGCGAGUGGCUCAUAGCACCCUUUCAAGCUGGAGAAACACCGACAUUUAUUGAGCAUAUCAAGGCUGGGCUUCGAGCCUUAAGCGGAGACGAGGAUGGGAUUCUGAUGUUCUCGGGGGGUCCAACACGAAAAGAAACACAGAUCAGCGAAGCGAGCAGCUACGCCAACUUGGCAGCGGCCAAUUCCUAUUUCGGGAUCCUGACCCAGCCCUCAGAAUCGGAACGCGUAGUCGAGGAGACGCGGGCCCUGGACUCGUACUACAACGUGCUGUUCUCGCUCACCAAAUUCUGGGAAGACUACGGCGCCUGGCCGCAGCGGGUCACCAUCGUCAGCCACGCCUUCAAGCGGGAGCGUCUGGUGGACUGUCACUGUGGUGCCAUCGGGUACCCGCUCGACCGCGUGGACUUCAUCGGGGUCGACCCGCCGGGCAUGCUGGACGGGAGCAACGAGGCGGCGAUCAAGGGCGUUGUGCAGGCGGUGACGGAGUGGAAGGAGGAUCCCCACGGAACUGGUGUGAGCCUGGCUGCCAAGCGAAGCAAGAGGAACCCAUGGGGGAUCGCACAGGGGCUUUUCUCGGCCGGGGAGGUUAGGGAGCGCAGUGGUGUUCAAACCAAGCUGCUCGAUGGUAUAGAAGUGCUUGACCCGACGGCGAAGCAACCGUGGUCUACAUGA